AUGCUGGUGAAUGGGGGUCCCCACAGGAGAGCGUGGGGCGUGCGUGUGAUCGAUUCUUUGCGGGGUGUUUCUCUGUUGGCUCAGGGGAAAUUUGAGAUCACAAACAUGGACAUGAGGCUGGGGACGACUUUGAGGAUCAAGGGCAAGAUCGCCAGUGAUGCUGAUAGCUUUGUGAUUAAUCUGGGCCAGGGGACAGAUAAGCUGAACCUGCAUUUCAACCCACGCUUCCGUGAAUCCACCAUCAUCUGCAACUCAUGGGAUGGCAACAGCUGGGGGAAGGAGCAACGGGAAAAUCACAUAUGCUUCAGCGCAGGGUCAGAGGUCAAGUUCAUCGUGACCUUUGAGAAUGGAUUCAAAGUGAAGCUGCCAGACUGGCACCUGUUGACCUUUCCCAGUAGGCUGGGCCACAGCCACGUGAGCUACCUGAGCAUGCAGGGUGCGUUCAGCCUCUCCUCCUUCAAGCUUGAAUGAGUGGGCAGCACCUCGCCAGGAUGAAAGACGCCCAGCCCGGACACCCUCU